AGGAUAUUUGGUUUGCUAAAAAGCAGGGGAAUUAAAAGUACCAUUUUUUACAUUUUAAAUUAUCAGCUUAAUUAUGCUUUUUGGUCUCACAGCCACCUUUUUUCUUUUGAUUUAUUGGGAUUUAGAUCUGUAAUUUUGCGCAUUUUUCCACCUUCAAACUAGUCAGUCAAGUUCCCACUUUCUUCCUACUUCCUCUUUUAUCUUCUUGUUUACUAUCAACAUUUCUUUAAGUUGUUUGAUCAUCAUCUUCUACCUAUUCAACUACAUGUAAGUAAACCCACCUAUUUUUUAAUUAUUUGUGCCAAUUUUUUUUGGUGAAUUUUGGACCUUUUUUGAGUUCUGAGUACUGGGAAUUGAUUGAAUUGCUGUAAAUCGAAAUGGGUUUUGUUUAAAUUUUUCUGGGUUUGUAGUUUUAUACAGAUUUGAGCUUGAUUUGUUUGAACAUUUGUUGAGAUGGGUAAUGAUGGGUUAAAAGUUGGUAUUCAAAUCAGGAAAUUUGUGAUCAUAACAAUAAAAUUGUGUUAUAGAUCAGUUUGUAAUCAUCCAUUUGUUGUGGGUUUAUUGUUGUUCUUGUUAUAUUUGCAUAGGUCAUACCCAUUUUUGUUUUCUAUAUUGGUGUCUACUUCUCCUGUACUUGUUGGUACUGCUGUUUUACUUGGAACCCUUUUGAGUUUUGGUGAACAAAAUGUUGUCCCUGAGUGUGAGGAAGAAGAGAAACCGGCUCACGAAGUUGUGCAGUCGAAAACGGGUGGGUUUGAGAGCACCACAGUUGUUGAGGAAGAUGAGUGUUUUGGUAAAGAUAGUAGGUACACUGAAUUGAGCAGAGAGUUUGUAAAGACAACUGAUGAAGAACCUUUGCUAGAUAAUACUGAUAGAUUAGAUAAAUUGGAAAUAGAUCGUGAUGAUGAUGAUGUUGCUUAUAGUACAAUAUCUACUGAUCAUAAUUCGACGGAGGUCAUCUUUGAGAAAGGAUGGAUUGAUGAACCAAAGAGUGAGCAAGGAAAUGCUGAGAUUGAGCAGGCUGUGGACUUGGGUGAUCAAAUGUUCAAGAUGGGAAUCAUAGUCGGUUUUAGUGAUGGCGAAAUUCUGGAAACCAGGUUUUCUUCAGUUGAGAAGGUACAGGGUGAGCAUUUUGAGGAUUAUAUUUCAGCAGAAGGAUCAAUUGAUGCUCAGAUGGGGGAAUAUUUAGUGUCUUCCUUGGAAUCGCAGAAACAAUUGAAUGAAGUUCUAGCUGAUAGUAUAUUAUCAGCUAAGGAAGUUCAACAUGAGAAUUUUGAGGAUUAUAAGUCUGCAGAAGGAUCAGUUGAUGUUCAGUUAGGGGAUCAAUUAGAACCUUCACUGGCAUCAUGGAAACAGUUUGAUUCUCUUGAUGAUCGGUUAUCCACUGCUCUAGAAGUUCAAGAGAAGAGAUUUGAGGGUUAUAAUAUAGCAGAAGGAUCAUCAGAGGCUCAAUUGAGAGAUUAUUUAGAAUCAUCUAUGAGAUCAUGGAGACAAAUGGGUUCUGAUCAUGAUGAACAUGGUGAGUCUGAUUCUGGGUCUGAUGGAGCAGAGAGUUCCUCUCCAGAUGCUUCAAUGGCGGACAUUAUCCCUAUGCUUGAUGAACUUGAUCCACUUCUAGACGAUGAAAUUUUACAGGCUAGUAACCUAUCCCAUCAAAGCUCUGCUGCAACGAUGGAUGAGUCUGUGGUUUCGCCAGAUAGCAGCAUUCAUUCUGAUGAUGAAAGUGAUCAUAAGGAUCACAAAGCUGAUGAAGGUAAAAGUGAUAAUGAUGAUGACAACGAAGAGGAAACUCAAGUUGGUAAAGAAGAUUCUGCAAAGUCUGCGAUCACGUGGACAGAAGAUGACCAGAAGAAUCUUAUGGAUCUAGGGACAUCUGAAUUAGAAAGGAACCAGCGCCUGGAGAGCCUUAUUGCUAGGAGAAGAGCAAGAAAGAUAACAGGAGAUAGGAAUUUGAUUGACUUGGAUGGGAUGGAUCUACCUUUUCCAGUUGCACCUAUUUCAACGAGAAGAAACAAUCCUUUUGAUCUACCUCAGGACAACUCUUAUGCUGACUUGGGGCUACCACCAAUUCCUGGCUCUGCACCAUCUAUUAUGCUGUCUAGGCGAAAUCCUUUUGAUCUUCCUUAUGACUCUAGUGAAGAAAAGCCUGAUCUAUCAAAAGAUACUUUCCAGCAGGAAUUUACUGAAGUUACUCAGAGGGAGGCAUUAUUUCGAAGAAACGAGACAUUCAAUAUGGGAUCUACUGGUUUUGAUUUAGGAAGACCUAGUAGAUUUAGACCUUAUUUUGUGCCAGAAAGGACAGAUUCUGAUAUGAUGAGCUAUUCUUCUCUUUCAAGACAGGUAAGUGAGCUUAGCGAGUCCAAGGCAAGUUCUGUUUCUGAAACGGAGUCAACUUCUGCAGGAGCAGACCAGGAAGAAAAGAAGCUAAUAGAACACGACUCUGCUCAAGAAGUUGAACCCAGCUCUGAGGUUGAUUAUGCUUCGGUCCUUGUUGAACAUGGAAGUCAGUCUUCUGCAGAUUUGGAUUCAUUGUUAGGUGAAGAACAGGAGAAGAAAGAUUUUGUUCCCCGUGAGCUUGAAGUUGAGCUAGGUAGGGAAAGGUCUUCUCCUACUGUUGAUUCUGAUGUGAUGGGAUAUCCUUCUCUUCAAAGACAACUAAGUGAAUAUAGUGAGUCCAAAGAAAGUACUGCUGCUGAAAAAGAAUCAACUUCUGCAGGAGCAGACCUUGAAGAAAAGAUAAUGGAAUACAACUCUGCUCAAGAAGUUGAAGCCCGUUUUGAGAUUGAUCAUGCUUCUGCCCUUUUGGAGCAUGGAAGCCAAUCUUCUGAAGAUUUGGAUUCAUUGUCAGAUGAUGAAAUAGAUCGGAAAGAUUUUGUUCUCAGUGUGCUUGAAGUUGAGUUGGGUAGGGCAAAGUCUUCUUCUGCUGCAGCUUCCUACACAUCUGAAACUAUCGAAUCAGCUGAUAAUAGAAUUGAUUACAGGGAAAUUAGUCCUGCAGUAGAUCCGUUGCUAUCUCAUAGCAAAGUUAGCCAUAGUGACAUCCAACCAGUGACAGAAUUAAUCGAAGUGAAUCACAAUAUUACCUCUCGCCCAUUAUCUGUAUCAAAAGUUUUUAAUGACGGGACGAUGGAAGAUGUUGACAGAGGUUUGGCAAACAAGGAGAAACGCCAACUCAACAAUCUUUUUAAUGUUCACAUUUCAGAGAAGUGUUCACUAGAGCCCUCAUCGUCAGGUGUAACAUCUGGGUUGUCACUAGAGACAUCAGAAUACAGUCAUGCAGCUGAGGUGGAUGAUAAUCAUCCAAGGGAACCCAUUUAUGACUUCAGCCCACUCAAGAAGAACCAUUCCUUGUCCUCCUCUUCUUCGGAUAUGCAGAGAGAGACAUCAGGGAUUGAUUUAUACCAUUUAUCAAGUGAUUUAUUUGUGGUUGAUGAAACAAACGUUCACAAUCAAGAUGUAGAGUUCAUUUCCCAGCAAACUAAAAAAGAUGCAGAUGGAGAUGACUUGACAAUGAACGAUAUUGGUGAACAAAGUGGAGUUUACGGCACUGACUUCUCAGAGUUUAAUCAACUCCCCAGUAAUUCACUAACAUCUGUAGUGGCAGAAGGUGAGGUUCAUUUGGCGAAGGACAAAAUAUCAGGUGAUGAAGUUGCUCCUCAUGAAGUAGAGAAUUUUUUUGCACAGAAAGAUGGUUCUGAAAUACAUAUUGAAAACAAGCUAGAUGAUAUGCCUUCUGCUGAUAGACACAAGUUUGCAGAAGAUUCUAUCUUAGCUCAAGAGAAAAAAGAAGUUACUACAUUGGCAGACAAUUAUUCGCCUGUCCACUCCACAUUGUCUUCUUCACAGGUCGAGUCAAAGGAUGAAAAUCAGGAGGAAGUGAAUAUAAGCCAGCAGUUUCAGGUGUCCUAUUCCAGUUUGAAAAGUCGUGAAAACGAUGGGAAUGAAACGCUGGAAUUUUCACUGGAUGAAAAUCAUUUCUUUCCACAUAAUUCUGACAUCAGCGACCCCUGGGCUGAUUCCGCUGAUCAGGAACGAUCCGUCAUUCUAAGAAAGCUUGAGGUUGAUCAGGCAAACAAAAUUGAUGACCCUGCUAAUGUUCUCUUGGUUAAAGAGCCUCAACACGAGAUAUCUUCUGAUCCAAGUCAAAGCAAUGUAUCUUCUUCCCAGCCUGAGGAUUCUGAAACAACAGUUGCAGAAUUAUCAUUUAAGAAGCAUGUUCAAGAUUUACCUGGCACUGGACUUACAUAUACGGUAGAGGAAAACCAUGAGGUCUUUGAAGGAUAUGAAGAACCAAUAGCUGAUGAGCAUAUCACAUAUGCAAAGAAAAACGAUGUCAAUGAGAUGGAUGAUGAGUUGCUUUCUGAGCUGGAUGCAGUUGGUGACUUCGGAGUGUCAAACACUGUAUCAAUCUUGGAGAAUAGUAUGAUAGAUCUCAAUGCAGCAAUUGACUCUAAUUUACCUGUAGAAGCUUUUGAUGAAGUAUAUACAAGUACUGAAAUGCCAAUUGGCCAUGAAACAUUGCUUGGAGAUAGCACUCAUGUAGAAAUCAAUCCUUCCAGGAUUAAGGAAUCAAACUUAGAUUCACAGACAGUUAAUUUAAAUACUGAUUUGCUAAACCUGGAAGCUCACUCUGUUGAGGAUACCGAUGCUGUAUUUGCGAAAGCGAGUGACGAAGUUCACAAGUCUGUGGUUGCUGAGUCUGUCCAGGCUGAAUUCAUGGGAGAGGUGGAUGGUCUUUUUCCAGAAACUGAUCUAUUGUUAGGAGAUACAGAACCACGGGGAAGUACUUCUGAAGUAGUAACAAACACUGCUGAUAAUGCCUUUAAUAGCAGGGAAUCAGUUUCAGAAAGAAUUGAAUCUGACCUUGCUUUUCUGGAGGGCCAUGAUCUGGAUCCUCACUGGAAUGAAACUAUUUCAGGACUGCCAAUCGUGGAUGCUAAGAUUAUCAAACAAUCUGCUGCAGAUGUUGAGAAAGUUGAAGAAGAAAUCAUUGAUAAAUCUGAUUAUGUUGAAGCUUUACCAAAAGUAAGUGAAACAGGAGUUGAUUCUCUGGAAUCCAUGCCAUUGCAAAUACAUAGAGACAUUAAAGAGAUAGAUGACUCAUCUGUUAUUGAGGCAAGUACUGCACCAGAUCUUGAGCCUAUAGAUCAAACAGAAAGUAUUGGUUCUAUGGAAUCUGAGUCAUCAUUAAUAGAUAGAGACAUCAAAGAGAUACAAGAACCAUUAGUACUUGAUGAAAGUGAUUCACUUGUUCAUGAGUUUGAGGAUAAGGCACCAGAGAUGCAUGUUCUUGGAGCUAGUAUUGCACCUGCAGUUAAAUCUGAAAUUCAAACUGACAGAAAAACACAUGAGCCAUUGCUACUGGGGAAAGAAGAUAAAGAGUUAAAAGAAUCACUUCUUGUUGGAGUUAGUGUCGGAUCUGCUCUUGACACUGAAGAUCAAAUGGAAAAGUUUAAUUCCACAAGAUCUGAGUCAUUGCAUAUAGAUGAAGAGGUAGAAGAGACAGAGGAAUUGCUGGCUCAUGAAGGAAGUAUCGCUCCUGCUUCUGAGUCUGACGAUCAGAGAGAUAAAAUUAGUUCAUCUGAGCCAUUGCAGUUGGAUAGGGAUAUUGUACAAGAAUCUCCUGCUGUUGAAGCAAAUAUUCCAUCUGGUCUUCAGCCUGAAGAGAGGGAAGUGGUUGGUUAUAAGGAAUCUGAGCCAUUGCAGUUGCAUAGAGAUAUUCAUGAGGUACAAGAAUCUCCUGCUGUUGAAGAAAGUAUUCCAUCUGCUCUUCAACCUGAAGAGACGGAAGUGGUUGAGGAGUCCGAGCCAUUGCAGUUGGAUAGAGACAUUCAUGAGGUACAAGAAUUUCCUGCUGUUGAAGAAAGAAUUCCAUCUGCUCUUCAUCCUGAAGAAAGGGAAGUGGUUGGUUCCGAGGAAUCUGAGCCAUUGCACUUGGAUAGAGACAUUCAGGAGGUACAAGAAUCUCCUGCUAUUGAAGCAAGUAUUCCAUCUGCUCUCCAGCCUGAAGAAAGGGAAGUGGUUGGUUCCGACAAUUCUGAGCCACUGCAAAGCGACAAUAUUGCGGAAGAAUUACGCGAUUGGCAUGUUGUUGAAGGAAUAGCUCCUAUGGAAUCCAAGCCAAUUCAAACAGAAACAGAUAUUAAAGAUGUGCCAGAGUCUCCUACUGCACAAGCCAGUUUUUUUGUUCCCGAGUCUUCUGAUCAAAUACUUACAGUUGAUUCUGGGGAAUCUAGACUGUUACUGAUUAAUAGAAAUGUUGGGGAGUUGCAAGAAUUACCUGCUGUUGAAGAAAAAAUUGCACCUGAAAAUGAGUCAGGUCAACUAGAAAAGGUCAGCUUUGUGGAAUCUGAAUCAUUGCAAAUGGAUGGUGAUUUUGAAGAGAUUCAAGAGCCUCCUUUUCUACACAACAAUUGUGCAUCUGCUGUUCAGUUCAAAGAUCAAAUGGAAAUCAAUUCACCGAUGGAAGUUGUUGAGGUUCAGGCUUUGCAGGAUCAUCACCCAGUUUCUCAGCAGGAACGUGAAGUUGAUUUGUCAAAUAUGGAUGAUUCAAGAGGGCUCAUUGUUGACUCAUCAACCACUGACAUUCAAUCAAUCAAAAAUGAAGUCGGUGGUCAAGGACAUGACAAGAAUGCUGCUGAAAACUUUUCUUCGCAAGUUGAAGAGGAAAAAUCCAGCUAGUCUCAUAAUUCAAGCUCCUCCAGCUUCUAGUUCAAGUGAUUCUGUUGAAGAUUAAUAUUGUACGAGGUGCGUUCGGUGAGUGUGGCUAUAACCAACAUUUUGCUUCCAAAUAUAAUUUUGAAUGCCUACAAUUUUCUAAGAGCCUAUUUGGCUGGUUAUUAGUGUUUGUUUAAGUUAAUUUGGGCGGCUUCGUUUUUGGUGAGUAGCAGGUUCAUUGUUAUCCCUGCUUUGUUGUAGCUGGGUUUUUUGUGAUAUUCUUUUCGUUUGUGGAAAGAUUGAGGUUUUCUUUGAUGCUUGUGACUCGUAGUUCCUUAACUGUGGGUGAGGCAUCAAACAUUGUGCUGUGUUUUAGAUGUUGUAAAUUAUAUACAUAUAUGUCACUAGUCUGUGACCAUUGCAUUCUUCGGGAUUUGAGAGGGGUAUCUUCAGUAUGGAGCUGAAAAUUGUGCUUUGGCUUCGUGUAUAGAGAGUUCCUGUUGAGACUUGCAAGGCUAAAUUUGUAAGCCUUCUGUUUUGUAGUGUACUGUGUACAUUGUUUUUUUUGGAAUGAGUACUAGUUUUGAUGUGUACCAUGAAAAUUACUACUGACAUCUGAUAUCUGACAUCUUUAUCGUAUUUUGAUUGUUUACUA